AAAAUAUAUAGUUCUGUGAUUUCUAAUGGCGAUGACUGUGUGUCCAUUGGAUCUGGCUGCCAUGAAGUUGAUAUAAAGAACACUGCAUGUAGACCUGGUCAUGGAAUUAGCAUUGGUAGUCUGGGAAAUCAUAACUCUGGAGCCUGUGUGAGAAACAUUAUGGUGAGAGACUCAAUUAUUAAAGUGUCAGAUAAUGGGGCUAGAAUCAAGACUUGGCAAGGUGGAUCAGGAUCUGUAUCUGGAGUGGCAUUCAGUAAUAUUGACAUGGUUAGAGUAAGAAAUCCCAUCAUAAUUGACCAGUUCUACUGCCUCACUAAGGAUUGCAUCAACAAGACCUCUGCAGUGCUUGUGUCAGAUAUUCUUUACACAAACAUCAAGGGAACGUAUGAUAAAGGAGCCCCCCUAUGCGUUUUAUUUACCUGCAGUAACUCUGUCCCAUGCACCAACUUAACGCUCUCAGAUAUUGAGCUUCUUCCCUUUCAAGGAGAUAUAGUACAUGAUCCUUUCUGUUGGAAUGCUUAUAGAGAUUUGCAGACACUAACCGUUCCACCACUUUUUUGCUUGAUGGAGGGAAUUCCUCAGUCUUUGUCAGAUUAUGUAAAGAAAAAAUCACAGAAUGCAAGAGAAUUUGUUGAGUUCUACAUCAAUGCUAGUGCUUCUGCUCCUUCCAAAUGCUUGGACCAGGCGUCCUCAUAA